GUUAAAAUAGCAAAAUAGCAUCAAUCCCAUUUUCCUUCAUUAUUUAAGCUGCAUACUACAGUAGCCCCUUAAACGAAGGCAGAGAAAAAAAGGCAAUAGCCCAAGUAAUUCAAGUCCUUGACUUCAAAGCAUCCUCUGUUGUAUACAUCAAACUACAUUUACAAACCGCUCUCUCAUCAAUACAAACUACAAAUUGAACCCAUCACAACCCACCCUCAUAUUCCAACAUGGUUACAUUUCGACAAGUUUUCCGAUCGACUUUUCUCUUCCUGUUUCUCAUUAUAGUGAGUUGUACCCCUCCCGAGGAUCCCAUCAAAUGCUUUUCGAAAAACACCAACUGCACUAUCACUAAUUCUUAUGGGACUUUCCCUGAUCGAAGCAUAUGCCAAGCAGCAAACGCGGUGUAUCCCACCACAGAAGAAGAGCUCAUUUCACUAGUAGCCAAUGCAACCAAGGGGAAAAGGAAGAUGAAAGUGGCCACUCGCUACUCUCAUAGCAUCCCUAAGCUAGUUUGUCCAGAUGGUAUAGAUGGGCUGCUCAUAAGCACCAAAUACCUCAACCGUGUAUUGGAGAUUGACCUUCAAUCCAUGAGAAUCAAUGUAGAGAGCGGCGUCACACUGAGGCAGCUUAUUAACGAAGCUGCCAAGGCAGGGCUCGCAUUGCCUUAUGCUCCGUACUGGUGGGGCUUGACCAUCGGUGGCCUACUGAGCACGGGUGCGCAUGGAAGCACGUUGUGGGGUAAAGGGAGUUCGGUUCAUGAUUAUGUGGUGGCAUUGACGAUUGUUAGCCCCGGCGGGCCUGAAGAUGGCUACGCCAAAGUCCGGAGGCUCGAUGAGAGUAACAGUGAACUCAAUGCUGCCAAGGUGUCUCUAGGAGUUCUUGGAGUUAUUUCAAAGGUUACUUUGCAACUGCAGCCUCUUUUCAAGCGAUCCAUAACUUAUGUGGUCAAGAAUGACAAAGGCCUGGGGGAUGAAGCAUCAAGCUUUGGCCUUAAACAUGAGUUUGCAGACAUAUCAUGGUACCCUAGUCAGCAUAAGGCAGUCUAUCGAAUCGACGAUCGAAUUUCUUCUAACACAUCUGGCAAUGGUCUAUAUGACAUCAUCCAAUUCCGCUCUACACUUUCAGUUGGAUUAGCUUUGGUUAGAACCACAGAGGAAAAUCAAGAAUCUCUGGGUAAUGCUGAAGGCAAGUGCAUUAGUGCAAGACUAACUACAACUACGCUCCUGACCUCAGCUUAUGGAUUAACAAACAAUGGUAUUGGCUUUACAGGAUAUCCUGUAAUUGGAUAUCACAAUCGCCUCCAAUCAUCAGGGACUUGCCUUGAUAGUCCUGAAGAUGCAUUAAUUACUGUCUGUCCUUGGGACCCAAGAGUCAAGGGAGAGUAUUUUCUCCAGACCACUUUCAGUAUCAGCUUGUCAGUUGUUAAGAACUUCAUUCAAGACGUGCAAAGGCUUGUCAAUUUGGAACCUAAAGCCUUGUGUGUCCUAGAACAAUACAAUGGUAUACUCAUGCGCUAUGUUAAGGCCUCAAGCGCCUACUUGGGCAAGCAAGAAGAUGCGAUAGACUUUGAUAUCACAUAUUAUCGAAGCAAAGACCCCAUGACUCCUAGGCUUUAUGAAGAUAUACUUGAAGAAAUAGAGCAACUAGCCCUGUUUAAAUAUGGAGCUUUGCCUCAUUGGGGAAAGAAUCAGAACCUAGCAUUUGAUGGAGCUGUCAAGAAAUUGAAAAACGCUGGGGAAUUUUUGAAGGUUAAGCAGAUGUAUGAUCCAACUGGGCUAUUUUCCAAUGAGUGGACAGAUCAAGUGCUUGGACUUAAAGGCAGUGUGACCAUAGUAAGGAAGGGGUGUGCACUUGAAGGAUUGUGUAUAUGCUCGGAGGACAUUCAUUGUGCCCCAAAUAAGGGAUAUUUCUGCAGACCAGGUAAAAUUUAUAAGAACGCAAGGGUUUGCACCCUUAUCAGUGAAAAGAAGCAAUUGUGAUUAUCCGGGGCAAAGGAUCGGAUCGGAUCUAUAUUGAUUGGUUAUGAGAUCUCAUGGAAAUAUGGAUAUUAUAAUUAUAUUUUCAUUCAAAGGCAAA